AUGCCGGACAAAAAAGUGGAGAAGAAACUGGCCGAUUUGGGAAUCGUGCGAAAGGCCCUGCUCAUGACGUGCAACAGUGUUGAACAAUUUGUGACGAAUUUCGACGCAGAUCGUGAUAGUUGCCAGAUUCCGGUACGGCUCGAAAAUCUGGACAGAGUGUACCGGGAUUUCCUCAAAGUGCAAGGUGAAAUUGAGAAGCAUGAUGCGGCAGAGCGCCUAGAAGAGCAUCUGUCGGAAAGAGUGGUUUUUGAAGGUCGUUAUUGUGCGGCGAAAGGUUUUCUGUUGUCCAAUCGAGCAGUAGACCUGAACCAAACUGUGCUCAACGCGACGGUCCAUCAACCAGAAGCACCAGUUCACGGCACUUUCCAUCUUAGGCUGCCACAGAUAGAUCUGCCCAAGUUUUCCGGGGAUUUCUCGAAGUGGCUAUCCUUUCGGGACACCUACGCAUCGAUGGUGCACUCGAAUGCAGACAUUCCUACUAUUGCGAAACUGCAGUACCUGAUCCAGUCCCUCGAAGGCGAGGCACGAAAGCCGUUCGAGAGCGUAGACAUCGAGGCCGAUAACUACGCUGCCGUGUGGGACGCUCUACUAAAAAGUAUUUACGACCUCCCGGCGGUCAAAAAAGAGUCCGCCGACAGCCUCCAGGAGCUUGUAGACGAGUUUCAGCGGCAUGUGAAGGCUCUCGCAAAGCUGAACGAACCCGUCCAACACUGGGACACUCCUCUAGUCAACCUAUUGUCCUACAAGCUUGAUCCAUCAACCCUCCGAGCGUGGGAGGAAAAGACCAGCCAAGAAGAAGACGUCAAAUAUAACGAUCUUGUCGAGUUCCUGUAUCAGCGAGUACGGAUCCUGAAGUCCGUGGCAUCCGACAUCUCCCAGCGUUUCCCAGCCGGUUCCAGCAAAGCCAACGUGGUUGCUUCCGAUGCCAAGCCGAAUGCCCCAUCCUGCUUCGCCUGUUCCGACCGGCAUUUUCUGUUCCAGUGCCAAUCGUUCGCCAAGAUGCCCGUCAGCCAGAGAAGAGAUCUGGUUUCCCAGCGCAAGCUAUGCUGGAACUGUUUCCGAACCGGUCACCAAGCCAGAAGUUGCACCUCGAAGUUCUCCUGCCGUUCCUGUCGCGAUCGGCACCAUACGUUGCUCCACGAUCCAUCCCAGCCUGGUAAAAGUUCGUCCGCCCCAGCUAUGAUGUCGAAAUCCCACGAAGCGCUGUCUGUUCCAUCCACUACGGCCCCAGGACCGGCUUCCACCUCCCAACAAGUAAGCAUGUCGGUUCAAUCCCAGGCCAGUACCGUUCUCCUCCAGACAGUCGCUCUUCACGUCGUCGAUGUUCAUGGCAAGUCAUUUGAAGCCAGAGCUCUGUUAGAUUCCGGGUCGAUGUCGAAUUUCAUCUCGUCGGAGCUGGCUAAUCUGCUUGCUAUUCCCCAAUCCGAGGCCGAUGUGUCCGUUGCCGGAAUCGGCCAGUCCCAUUGUAAGUUGAAGCGAGCAGUGAGCGCCACAGUCCGUUCCCGAAUUGGAUCGUUUUCCACCCAGCUCCGAUUCCUAGUCAUCGACCACCCUACUACCAACUUGCCCACCAUCCACGUCAAGCUUUCGUCUUGGAAGCUUCCAAAGGUCGAGUUAGCCGAUCCGCAAUUCCAUGUUCCGAACAAAAUCGACCUCGUCAUCGGCGGUGAAGUCUACUGGGACCUGCACACUGGCAAGAAGCUUUCUCUAGGACGUGGCCUACCGUAUCUCAUCGAAACGCGCUUCGGUUGGACUUUAUGUGGUUCGACUUCCCAAGAUUCCACGGAUUCGGUAGCCUGUCAGCUGUCUAGCACUGAUGCCCUGCUAGAUUCCACUCUCCAACGUUUUUGGGAGAUCGAAACAAUUCCCAAACAAUCCGUUCACUCCACGACCGAGAAGGCUUGCGAGGAGUUUUAUGCUGCAACCACGUCCAGAGAUCCAGCGGGACGAUACGUCGUCCGCCUUCCCAGAACAGACAAUCCGGAGAUCGUUUUGGGAGAUUCCGAAUCCAUUGCCGAUCGCCGAUUCCUCGGUUUAGAACGCCGCCUCGAACGAGACUCCAAUGUAAAAUCCGCCUAUCACCAGUUCAUGGAGGAAUACGAGCGCCUUGGGCAUAUGAAGCGGCUCGACGAACCGGUAGACAACACUAUUCCGCACUGCUACCUUCCGCAUCACCCCGUCUUUAAAUUGUCGAGCACCACCACGAAGACGAGGGUAGUAUUUGACGCCUCAUGUAAAACGACAUCGGGCCACUCCCUCAACGACACCCUCCUCGUCGGUCCGGUCGUACAAGAUGAUCUGCUAGCUCUCGUUAUUCGGUUCUGCUUCCACCGCAUCGCCCUGCAUGGUGACAUCGAGAAAAUGUACCGGCAAGUUCGCCUCCACGACGACGACCAACCCCUCCAGCGGAUCAAAUGGCGCAGUGAUGCGUCCCAGCCCAUAGCCUCGUACCAGCUGCAGACCGUUACUUACGGCACAGCUUCCGCCCCCUAUCUCGCCACGAAAACUCUCCAAAAAUUGGCGAGUGAUGCGGGCAACCAGUUCCCCUCCGCUGCAGAGCCAGUCUCCAAGGAUUUUUACGUCGACGAUUUCCUGUCCGGCGCCGACGACGUCGAGUCCGCCAUCCGCAUUCGACGAGAAGUUUCCGCUAUGUUGGACUCUGCAGGACUGCCAAUGAAGAAGUGGGCUUCGAACUCCGUCGAAGUACUGGAAGACAUCCCUCCCGAAGACCGAUCAGUACAGCCGUGGCAUGACCUCCAAGAUCCGCAGUCCGUUAGCACGCUUGGGCUUAUUUGGGAACCGGAAGGCGACAUAUUUCGAUUCAAGGUCCAGUUACCCCUUCCAGCUCCCGUUCUCACCAAGCGCAAGGUUAUGUCCUACGUAGCCCAAAUCUUUGACCCGCUGGGGCUAGUGGGACCCACCGUCACCAAGGCAAAGCUGUUCAUGCAACGGUUAUGGGCGUUAAAAACUCCCAACAACGAGCGCUACGAAUGGGAUCAACCGCUACCUCCGAAGCUGCAACAAGAGUGGAAAGAGUUCCACACGACCAUUGAUCUCCUCCGUGAAGUCAGAGUCCCACGAUUUGCUUCCGUCAGCGACGCAGUCAGUAUCGAGCUUCACUUUUUUGCUGAUGCGUCCGACAAGGCCUACGGGACGUGUUGCUACGUCCGCGCCCAAUCCGCCCAUGAAGUGCGCGUGAAACUCCUAGUCUCGAAGUCGAAACUUUCACCCCUCGCUGCCCGCCAUACUAUAGCAAGACUGGAGCUGUGCGCAGCCCAUCUCUCCACGCAGUUGUACCAGAAAGUCGCUUCGGCACUCAAGACCGUCCCACCCGCCUAUUUUUGGUCAGAUUCCACUACAGUAAUCCAGUGGCUUCGAUCAUCCCCCGGACGUUGGAAAACGUUCGUAGCCAACCGUGUGAGCCAAAUUCAAGCAGCCACUCCUAUCGACAAGUGGAACCACGUAGCAGGUGCGGACAAUCCUGCUGACGACAUUUCCCGAGGAUUGGACCCGUCCGAUCUACUCACCAAAGAAAGAUGGUGGACUGGCCCGGCGUGGCUGAAGCUUUCUCCAGAACAAUGGCCAGCCGGAGCUCUUCCUGCCGCAGAACCUCCAGAAUUCGUCCAAGAAGUCCGUAAAGCUCCAGUAGUCGCCAUGACAUCCGUCCAGAUCACGUUCGCCGAAGAGUUGUUCUCCAGGUAUUCCAGUUUUUCCAAACUCCGCCGUACCGUUGCAUGGUGCUUACGUUACCUCCAAACCCUCCGAGACCGUGCAAUCACCCGCCGGCGAGACCAAACGAGUCUGGUUGCACCCCGAAACCAAUCAACGCCCCCUCAGCCACUCAACUCCGAUGAGCUCCACUCCGCUGAUCGAAUCAUUGUUCGUUUGGCACAACGCGAAAGUUUCCCCAAUGAGCACUCCGAUCUGUCCGCUGGUGUGCUCGUAUCCAAAUCCAGUCCGUUGAAGUGGUUGAAGGCCUACGUCGAUGAGUUCGGAUUGAUCCGCGUUGGUGGACGCCUCAGCAAUGCCGAACUACCCGAAAGCGCCAAGCACCCCAUCGUCCUCAGUGCCAAGCAUCCGUUGGCCAGACUAGUCACCGUCCAAUGUCACAGAACUCUGCUCCACGCUGGUCCACAACUCAUGCUGGCGAGUCUUCGCCAGAGAUUCUGGAUCCUGGGCGGACGAAACCUAACUAGAAGCGUUUACCACCAGUGUAUAACCUGCUUUCGAAGCAAACCGGAGCUAAUCCAGCAAUCCGUCGCUGAUCUGCCAUCUUCUCGCGUUUCUCCAACGCGCCCGUUCUCCGUCUGUGGCGUAGAUUACUGCGGACCGCUUUACGUCAAGUCACCGGUCAGGAAGCGUGGUCCAACGAAAGUGUAUGUGGCCAUCUUCAUCUGCUUUUCCACACGGGCCGUCCAUAUCGAGCUCGUGAGUGAUCUGACAUCCGCGGCAUUCCUUGCCGCACUGCGCCGCCUGGUGGCUCGAAGGGGGAAGAUUUCCGAGCUCCACUCCGACAAUGCGACCACCUUCAAGGGAGCAUCACACGCCCUUCAUCGAGUGUACCGUAUGCUGAAGCUGGACGAAACAGAUCGAAACCAAAUCCUCUCGUGGUGCGCUGACAACGAAAUCCGCUGGAAUUUUAUCCCGCCUCGCGCCCCCCAUUUCGGAGGUCUCUGGGAGGCCGCGGUGAAGUCCGCGAAGACCCACCUCCUCAAGGAAAUCGGCAACUCCAGUUUGUCGUACGAGGACAUGCUCACCUUGCUCGCUCAGGUAGAAAUGUGCCUCAACUCCCGUCCUGUCACACCACUAUCGUCGGAACCGUCAGACCUGGAAGCCCUGACGCCUGGUCACUUCCUGGUGGGUUCCAAUCUCCAAGCUGUUCCCGAAAAAACGUUAAUUGACGUCCCCGAAAACCGGCUCGACCAUUUCGAGCAAACCCAGCGCCACCUCCAACGAAUCUGGGCACGAUGGUACCCGGAAUACCUGCAGCAGUUGCAGUCCAGGGCUGUUCAAGGCGGCAAACUAUCGACUGUCAUCAAACCUGGACAACUCGUCGUGGUCAAAGAAGACUGCCUUCCGCCCGCUCAAUGGCCCCUCGGCAAAAUUGUCAAGGUCCAUCCAGGGAAGGACGGCAUCGUCAGAGUGGUCACACUGAAGACUGCUUCUUCGGACAACGUCAUGCGGCCCGUCGCACGGAUUGCCCUGCUGCCCAUCAGAACCGAUACAAGUCAUCGCACUCUAUCUCUGCACACUGGUUACUCCGGCCGAGCACGUAUCAUCCAAGCUUCGAUCGUCAAUCCGCAACAACCCGACAAUCCGAUCGAAGAUGUCAACAGAGAGUCGAACCGAUCCUCUCCCGCCUGA